GGAGGAGGAGGAGGAGCCAGGGCCGGCCUCCUUCCCUUCGCCUCUCGAGUCCAUUUCCCCAGCUCUAGUGACACCAACGCACCAGGCGAGCGCCGCUGCCCUUGCUGCUUCUCCUCCUCCUCCAGGAUCUUACAAACCUCCUCGUCGGUGGCGCCUCCUUCUCUUCUUCUUCCUCCUCCUCCUCCAAAGAAGAAGAGCAAGGGAAACUCCAGCUUGGAAAGAAGGGAGGAGGAGAAGGAGGGGAGGGGGGGGGGCAAGGCAAGCACCACGCCAGCUUCCUGCUUGCAAAGAAGAGGGGAGGGGGGGAAAGAGAGAGAGAGAGAGAGAGAGCAAAGGCGACGCUGAAGCAGCCAAAGAAUACAGAACACAACCUUGGCUCCAUCUUGCCUAGAGCUCCUUUUUGUGCACAGAUGAGAAGAGUGGCUGAAGAGGAGUAAAGUUGUGGGAAAGGGUUUCGUCCCUGUGUUUCCACCCCAGGAUGGUUGCUGUUUGCCAACACUGAAAGAGGCACAAUGGGGCUCACUUCCUAGCUCUGUUUAAGAGCCCCCUCCCUCCAAAUCCCAACCCGCAUCUGUCGUGGCGACCGCGGAGUGUCGCCUCUGGGGGCGGAGCCCACCUCGGUCUCUCCUUAUUGGGUCUGGAUGGAAUUGCGGUGAAUGGAACAGAAGCCCAGCACGGUGGAGUGCCUGUCGGAGCCAGAGGACACCCGGUGGCCGGAUGGGAAACGUAAAAGAAAAAGCAGCCAAUGUUCGGUGAAAAGCAGUAUGUCAGGGUACAUCCCUAGCUACUUGGACAAAGAUGAGCAGUGUGUCGUAUGUGGAGACAAAGCCACGGGGUACCACUACCGGUGUAUUACCUGUGAAGGCUGCAAGGGCUUUUUCCGACGGACCAUCCAGAAGAACCUGCACCCAACAUACUCCUGCAAGUAUGAUGGCUCCUGCGUCAUCGACAAGAUCACCCGCAACCAGUGCCAGCUUUGCCGAUUCAAGAAGUGCAUUGCUGUUGGCAUGGCCAUGGACUUGGUGCUGGACGACUCCAAGAGGGUAGCCAAGCGGAAGCUGAUUGAAGAGAACCGGGAGAGGCGGCGCAAAGAAGAGAUGAUGAAAUCCCUUCAGCAUCGGCCAGAGCCAACCGCGGAGGAGUGGGAGCUGAUCCACGUUGCCACAGAGGCACACCGCAGUACCAAUGCCCAAGGCAGCCACUGGAAACAGAAGCGGAAAUUCCUGCCCGAAGACAUUGGUCAGUCUCCCAUGGCCUCCAUGCCUGAUGGGGACAAAGUGGACUUGGAGGCAUUCAGUGAGUUUACGAAGAUUAUCACCCCAGCCAUCACUCGUGUGGUGGAUUUUGCCAAAAAACUGCCCAUGUUUUCAGAGCUGCCUUGUGAGGACCAGAUCAUCCUUUUGAAGGGCUGCUGCAUGGAGAUCAUGUCAUUGCGGGCGGCUGUGCGCUACGACCCCGAAAGUGAGACUCUGACACUAAGUGGCGAGAUGGCUGUCAAGCGGGAGCAGCUGAAGAACGGCGGUUUGGGCGUGGUCUCGGAUGCCAUCUUUGAUCUGGGCAAGUCUCUCUCUGCCUUCAACCUGGAUGACACGGAAGUGGCGCUGCUCCAAGUUGUGCUGCUCAUGUCCUCAGACCGCAGUGGGCUGAUCUGCGUCGACAAGAUUGAAAAAUGCCAAGAGACCUACCUGCUGGCAUUUGAACACUACAUCAACUAUCGCAAACACAACAUUCCCCACUUCUGGCCCAAGCUCCUCAUGAAGGUGACCGACCUGCGCAUGAUUGGGGCUUGCCACGCCAGCCGCUUCCUGCACAUGAAGGUGGAAUGCCCCACGGAGCUCUUUCCCCCACUCUUCCUCGAGGUCUUCGAGGAUCAGGAAGUCUAGGGUGUGGGGAGGGAGGGGGCAAACAGGGGUGUGGGAGAAUUGGGGACGUGGGGCAAUUUGGGACUGGGGCGAUGUCUGGACUUGGGCCACAGUGCCCCCACCUCAUCACCUCGGACAUAACAGAUUUUAUUUCUUCUUCUUUUUUGUUCUGUUUUGUUGUUUUCAUUUUUCUUUUUUGUUUUUGUUUUGUUUUUCUAAAUAUUGCACGUCAGCAUCAGUGAAUCACGUGGAUGGGGAGGCGGGGCAUCGUCGGUAGGGGUUGGGCCACCAAAAAAAAAGGUCGAGACUAAGCAAAACCUUUGUUACAAGGUAGACUUGUGCAGUAGCCAACACUUUUUUUGUCUAGACAGACUUAAAAAAAAUUACGUGGGCAAUAUGAUUCCCGCCCAUCCCCUGUGUAUCUUACUUCCUCGAAUCCCCUUUUGUCCCAAAGUGAUCUUUGCAGGGUGAAAUGUCCAUCUUUGAUUUUGACGCAAUGUUGAAAGGAGGAAACCAAUCCGUUAUGUUAUCCCCCUCCCUCCCCAACAAAGACACCUUUGCUCUUUUCCCCCUUAAGAAAGAACUUCCCCGGCUCCACAGCACUGGAAACCGUUGGCACCUCUCCGCUUUAGCCCUGAUCAAACCUCUCUCGUUUAAAUGGACUUGAUUACCAAUAUAUAUAAAUAUAUAUAUGUUUCUUUUGCACAUAACAGUCCCAGGAAACGUCAGAGUGUGUUUGGUUAUGUUUUUAUUAUUUUUUCCUCCUUGUCUUCAUUUACUUUUAGAACUUAUAGCAUUUAGUUACCCUCCCUGAGAGGCUAAAAUAUAAAAAUGCACUUUUUUAUAAAAAGAAAUAAAGAUUUUUUUAAAAAAAAGAAAGAAAGAAGAGGCACCGAGAGAGUUAAGAGAGAGAUCUUAUUAAAUUAUUGAGGGGUAGGCAGAGCAGAGGGGAGGAAAGUCACAGGUUGGUUUGGCAAAUAGAUAAAUAAAACUCAAAUUGAGGCGUAAGGUCCGAGCGUGAAGGACAAAUGCACUUUGAAAAAACAAAGGCUCCCCUCUGCCUGAUCCUCCCCUGGUGGAGACACAGGUGAUUGAAUGAGAGAUCUAUUUUAUUUUGCUUCGAAUCGCACUGCAGGGUUUGAAUCAUAGGGGUGCCAGCUUUUUUAUUCCAGUGCUGAGGGGUUUCUUCAUCCGCCUCCCUCCUUGCCCCACCCCAAAGCCCCUCCCUUACCCGAGGCUUCAGCCAAUCUACCUCCAUGUUGGGCAAAGGUGGGUGGGUGGUCCAACACGUCCCCGCCCACUCUUACACUGCCUCCACCCCCAGCUGAAAGGCCGCAUGCAACGUCGUUCCCACCGGGCUUUUUAAACGGCUCUCGCUAGUUCUUUGCACACGCUUUCCCACGCCAUGGGGCGGUACACUUUUUGCUGCACUAGUACUCUCGAGGCCCUGCCCUCCCUCCUCUGCUCUUCUCUCUGGAGAAGCCAUGAGCCAGGAUCCCUGGCUCUUCCACGCUCCAGGAGAAUCCAGUAAGGGUCGAAUCCUUGUUUUGUUUGUUUUGCAAAUGGCACUUAUCGAUAUAGAAGACAAGAAACUGCUAAUGUUCACAGGGAGGCAGUAGCAUCCUUCUCAUAACCAAGAGAUCUGCAGACUUCCUAACAUUAAGAGCUCUUAUGGUGACUAGCUCUAUGUAACCUAGUUGAGAAAGGUGCCAAGUAAACAUCUUUGUUCUACAGCAGUGGUUCCCAACCUAGGGGCCUCCUGAUGUUUUGGACUUCAACUACCAGGAACCCCAACCAGCUUAUGAGCUCUUAGGAACUGUGGAAGCUGAAGUCCAAAACACCUGGAGGUUCAAAGGUUGGGGCUACUGUUCUACAGCAAUGGUUCUCAACCUAUGGAUCCCCAGGUGUUUUGCCCUACAAUUCCCAGAAAUCCCAGCCAGUUUAACAACUGUUGAGGUGAAGGUCAAACAUCUGGGGACCCACAGUUUGAGGACCACUGUUCUACAGUAUCCUGUGCCCUACACUCAAACCAGUUGUUGACACCAGUUGCAUUCAUGUUCAUGGGAUGAAAUAGCAAAGAUCUUUUAGAUCAAGCCGGUAGAUUUUGUGGCCCUCCAGGUGUUUAGGACUCCAACCCUCAGAAGCCUUAGCCAGUUUGUCCAAUGGUCAGGAAUUCUGAGAUCUGGAAGCCAAAACACUUAGGCAGUAGUUCUCAACCUGGGGUCCCCAGAUGUUUUUGGCCUACAACUCCCAGAAAUCCCAGCCAGUUUACCAGCUGUUAGGAUUUCUGGGAGUUGAAGGCCAAAAACAUCUGGGGACCCCAGGUUGAGAACCACUGACUUAGAGGGCCACAUGUUGUACAGGUCUGUUUUAGAUGUUUCCUCUCUAGCAGCAGGACAGCAAUAUGUCUGUUGGAUCUUCCCUGCCAAAUCCAAUCCAGUUCUCCCUUUGGGAAGUGCACUGGGUCAAGGAAAUGAUGUUCUAAUGCACUUCCUUUCCCAAUGUGGCAACCUUUACCUGUUUUUAGCCUUAGGUUGUACAGCCGAGGUGGGAGUAAAUCCAGUUGCAGUUUCAGUUGACCAUCCUGUUGGUUAGUCCCACUCAGAGUAGACCCAUUGAUUCAGUUUCUGAACAUAGAGGUAUACCCCAUUGACUCAUUGAGUCUACUCUAAGCAAGACUAAUUCAGGCCUCAGCGAGCAAUCCCACCUUUGGAAAACAUCAUCAAGAUUUUGUCCAAGCUGGUAAGAGAGAAGCAGCAGCUUUUCAUUCUUGAUCUCAUGGCGACAUGCUUUUAAUUUUAUUUAAGGGAUUCUGCAUCUCUGUUGCUAGUUGUCUGGGCAGAAUCACUGAUACUCAGUCCAGUAACUAGUUUCUUGAGAGUGCCGUUUUGAGGAAAGGAAGAUUGAUGGUUAGCCAGGCCUUCCUCCCAUUCCCCAAAAUGGUGACCAGAGAGCCAUAUUGCCACGGCCACCAGGCUUGCCUUUUGACACAGCUCUCUUGCUUCUGGGAUGGCCCUGUGGCAAGAGAUGUCUAAGGGUCAGAUUUGACCCUGGAACGUCUAGUUCCUAAUCUAAAGAUUUGCCCAGGUAAAGUAUUUUUUGGAGAUAAGAAAGUUCCGCUUCUCCCUUUCUCCUUCCUGUCCGUUUCACCCUUAAUGCAAACCAAACUGUGAUCACCUUAAUGCAAGUAUUUUGGCACUUAGCAUUGUUAAUGGGUCAGACCUCUCGCUUAAGCCACUUCUUCUGUGAUAGAUCCAUCUCUCUGUCAAUCUGUCAGCCAGACUUCUUUUGCAACUGUAAUGUAAUAUUAUUCGGGGAGAGGGGUACAUUUUUAAGCUCCUCCCUUCCCUUCCUUUUCUUUCUCUUCUUCUCUGUCACUUGGUUUCCGUUGGGGAAAAAAAAACCUUUACCUCUUACCUCAUUCAAGACGCCGUGGGAAACGUUACAUGAUGGGUUUGGGUGCAUGUGAGAUGUACCAUUUGAAGGUUCAGGGGCCGGCGCAUGGAGAACACAGCUCCAGUUUAAGCUAAUAUACAGAAAUAUAUAUAUAAGUAUGUAUAAUUUUUUUUAAUUAAGAAGAAAAAAAAUCUUUGUACGGGUCUGUUCACAAAAAAGAAAAAAAAAGAAAAA